UUUGUGUGCACACUGCAAGCUCAUUCAUUGUUGACAAGCGACAGUUAUGGCACUGCGCAGGUCGUACGAUGUUGUCGUGGUGGGUGCAGGCAUCAUGGGCCUGCACACCGCCUACCAGUUGGCAAGGCGAGAUAGGAACCUGAACGUCUUGGUGCUGGAGCAGGGCCGGUCUCUUGGCCAGGGUUCCACGGGGUACUCUACCGCGCUCCUUCGUUGCCUUUACUCCUUGGAUGGUAUGGUUCAUGCCGCGUCAGAUGGCCUCAUCGUGCACCAGAACUGGUCCGAAUACACGGAGAUCAGUGACCCUGCAGGCCGCCUCACUCCAUCACCCAUUCUGUGGAUGACGUCGGAAACACCGGAGACGCUGGAGGCCAAGGUCGCCCGCUUGCGCAAGUUCUCCCACACGCCAUCCGUGCUCUCGCCACAGGACAUUGGCACACGCUUCGGCCUUCGCACAGAUGAUCUGGAGCCACACGAGCGCUUUCUGUGCGAGGAAGGCACGGGCUACUUUGACCCCACGGGUGCGCUGACGGAUCUCAAGGACGCAUGCACACGCCUCGGGGUGCAGGUCGUGCAGAACGCCUCAGUCAACCAGAUCCUCACCAACGAAACCGGCACAGCGGCGCAGGGCGUCUGGUUCAACAAGAGCGACGGCAACAACGCACGAGCCAACUCAUCCCCACCAACACCAUCAUCAGCCUCCUCCUCCUCCUCCUCCUCACAUACAGACGACAGCAACCCCUCCGCGUGGCUGGGCAAGCGGCGCGCCAGCACGGGCGAGACGGUGCACGCUGGUGCCGUCAUCAACGCGGCGGGGCCGUGGAGCAUGCGCCUCAACGUCGCCAGUGGCAUCCCAUUCCCCUGGCGCAUUGAGCCCACGCGCGUGCAGGUUGUCUACAAGAAGUCGCUUGAGCUGACUGAAGAGCAGCUUGCGCGCAUCCCCUGCACCGCUGACGAAAGCAACGGCAUCUACUUCCGCCCGCAACUCAGCUCGCGCCAGCUGCUUGUCGGCACCAUCCUGCCGGAAGAGGAGAGCGAGGUGGUGGUUGACCCGGACGAGUGCGUCGACUAUGUUGAUCAAGAGCGCGAGACACGUUACAUUUCGGGCCUGCUGGACCGCAUCCCCGCCCUCGCCCCACGCGGCGCCGUCACAGGCUUCUCGGCCAUGUACUCUGUGAACCUUGAUGACGGUCACCCUGUUGUUGGGCCACACCCCUCCAUCGCCAACCUCUUCCACGCACAAGGGUUCACUGGCCAUGGAUUCAAGAUAGGGCCUGUCGUCGGCAGCAUGCUUGCGCGCGAUAUCACCAACCUGUCCCUCCCGACCUUUGAUGCCACGGUCGACCCGGCCUUCUUUGCUGUCGACCGCCCGCCACACCGUAUUGCCCGCGUCAGUGUGCUCGCAUAGACUCGCGUCUGGGCCGUGAUGUUUGAUAUGGUGUGGUGUGAUACGACUUGGUGCGGUGCGAUACGACUUGGUGUGGUGCGAUACGACUUGGUGUGGUG